AUAUGUAGUCAUAAAUAAUGUUUUUCGCACAGUGUUUUACAACAGCACCCCUGGUGGUGUUAAAAAGCUAUUCCAAUUCAUCUGUAAUCUGAUUGGUCCUCAAAGAGGGGGUACUAAACUGAGAAAACCACCUCUUAAAACGUCUAUUGGUAAUGAGAAUACGCAGAUAUACAAACAUAUCUCGGGGAAAGCAUAGACUAACAUUGGGUCUGUUUUUAUGAAACACAGUGGAUAUUUAACGUUCAGUAUUAAACGGAUCUUUAUGAAAUGGAAAGCAGUCUGCCAAGAUUUCAGCAGCUCAGGAGAACAGAAGCAACUUCAAACAGAACUCUUAUUGGUACCGUCGUUUUCAUGGGAUUACUUCAAGUGGUAUCAAGUGUUGCUGUAGUACUUCACUUGACAGGUCAUCUUCAACAGGUCACCCAGACCGGACCAGCCCUAGUUGAGACUUCGGACGACCUCCAGAGAGGGGAGUCACAGAGGUGCCCAAAAAAACCCAGGGAGGUCACACCAUCAGCCCACCUGCCCAUUCAGCCUCCCAGUGGGCACAUCCAGAGAGAUAUCCAGAACACAAUGAUCCACUGGGACCACACCCAUGGACACCUGUCCAAGAUCGGGUACCAUGACGGAAGGAUCCUGGUCCGCGAGGGAGGCCUGUACUACAUCUACGCCAAAACCUGCUUCAGGUACUACGACCAGGUAGAGGAGUCACUGUUGGAGUCUGGGUCUCAUGCUCCAGGGAGAAAAGGGGCUUCAGCAGAGCCUAGCAUUCACAGAGAAGAUGGGGCCGGGGCUGGUGCCCUUCUUAUACAAUACGUGUUCCACGAGCGUCACAGUCACAGUGCCCCCCUCAGGCCAGCUGUGCUGAUGAAAAGCGGCAGCACCAAGCACUGGCAGAGGGGCCACUACCACAUGUGUUGUCAGCAGCAGGGAGGGGCUUUCCCCCUGGGACCCGGGGACAGUAUCUAUGUCAGCGUGUCCAACUCCUGGCUGCUGGACCCGGAAGCUGAGGGAAGCUACUUCGGGGCCUUCAGAAUCAGCAGAUGAUGAAUGAGCAAGGAGACGCAGGGCAAUUAAUUGAUAAAUUAGUAACUGAUAUAUCUUUAAUCCCAUUCCCAGCUCAGGGCUGUAGAUGAGGUGGAAUUAUUAUCUGUUAGAUAGCUGGACUGUCUGCAUAUGGAAUAGAUUUUUGUAUUUUUAUACUGUGAGAACAAACUGAAUUUGGCUCACUUUUAAUUUAGUUUAAUGAAGUUAGUUUUAUGAAGUUUUCAAUAUUUAUGUAUUUUCUGAUGUCUCUCGUAUUCAAUUCUGUGUUCAGUUUUUUGUGUGUUUAUAGAACAUUCCAAUAAAGCCACAUACACUUGUACAAAUACAGGA